AUGAAGCUCUCACUCACUGUCGCGCUCAUCUCCCUCCAGUCCCUCGCCCUGGGGUUGACCGUCCAGCCGUCGGCCACCACCACAGUCGUAGCCGGCGGCGGUCAAGGCGGCAAGGGCGGUAACGGUGGCAAGGGCGGCAAUGGUGGCGCGGGGGGCGGUGCGGGUGGUGCCGGAGGCAGCGGAGGCGCUGGCGGUGCUGGUGGUGCUGGUGGCGGCCAGGGUGGUGCCGGUGGUGAGGGCGGUUCUGGCGGUGCGGCGGGUGCCGUGACGCCGACCUCGUCGGCCAAGGUGCCCAGUGGAUCCGACUACCUGCAGUUCUUCAAGGGGUAUGCGCUCAAGGCGCCCAUCGACCACUUCGGGCUCCGAUGCAGUGAUGUCUCCGACGAUGCCAAGGUCGUCUCCAUCCCGAGACAGUACUGGGAGGGAGUGGAGGAGCAGCCGUGUGGACGCACCGUCACGCUCUGGUUCAACGGCACCUAUGCACAGGCACCCGUCUACAACGAAUGUGCCGUGUGCAGCACGUACGGCGUCGCCAUCUCCGCUGCCCUCUUCGAGGAGCUUACCGGCGGGCCGGCAGACCGCUUGGAGCAGGACGAGGUGUGGUGGACCGUUGACCCCAAGUGA